AUGAUCCAAACUCACCUACUCCAUUCAAACAGGUCACGACUGAUUGUGAAAAACUUGCCGACGUACAUCACCGAGCCCCGACUCCGUGACCAUUUUUCUGCAACCGCCGCCGCAAAGGGAAACGUCAAAGGUGGUGGAGGAGGGUGGGGUGAUCUCACGGAUGUGCGGAUCGUGCAUAAAAAGGAUGGCUCGAGUCGUCGUAUUGCGUUUCUUGGUUUCAAGACGGAGGAAGAGGCCCAGCGCGCGCGGGAAUACUUUGAUAAGACGUACUUGGACGUGUCGAAGUUGCGCGUGGAGACGGUUACCGGCACUAAAGAUGCGCCUAUUCACGUUAAAGACAAGAGGACUCGCGAAAAGGAGGAUAAUGGUGACGAAGGUCGGAAUCCCAAGCGACGAAAAGUUGAUGCAGGGGCACAGACCUCGGCGGUCGACGAGCUUGAUCCAAAGAAAAAGCGCAAGGCAGAAAGGCUAGAAGAGUUUACUAGAGUCAUGGGCUCAAAGCGCAAUGCUGGUCCCUCUUGGACUGCGGACAACCAAUUGCAACCCGAGCUCGCUGUGCCGGUGAAGACGGCCAAGACGCAGAAAAAGGAGAGCAAAAUGCCUGAAAAGAAAGCCGAGGAAAAGAUGGAGGAAGAUAUGGAUGGUGCUCAAGAGGAGCUGUCUGAUAUGGAAUGGCUGCGUCGGAAGAUGCAAGCCAGUACGACGGCGCUUGAGGACAAGGCGUUUGAACAGUCUGAUGAAGAGAUGGAGGAGAAGAAGGAGGAAGAGCAAGUGUCUCCCGUCGACGCCAAUCGGGCUGCCAUUGAGACCAACGGUCGUCUCUUUGUCCGAAACCUCGUCUUUUCGUGCACUCAAGAUGAAUUAACCGCGCAUUUUUCGCCGUUUGGCCCUAUCGAACAGCUCCAGUUUACAUCCGCAGAACUCACGCAUUCUCAGGUUCAUAUUCCGGUCGAUGCAGAGUCAAAUCCGAAAGGGUUUGCAUAUGUUCGCUUCAAGGAUGCAUCGCAUGCGGUGGCCGCAUACGAGGCACUGGACAAGACGUCCUUUCAAGGCCGACUACUCCAUAUUCUGCCUGCAAUCGAUCGUGUUCCACGGACAGAGAACUCUAAUGCAAGCAAUAACCCGAUGAAACUCAAAGCAAUGCGGGAGCAGAAGAGAAAGGAGAAUAGCGGCAAGGACUUUAACUGGGCUAUACUCUAUAUGAACAGCGACGCCGUAGCCAAUUCGAUCGCCGAUCGACUGGGCAUCGCCAAGUCUGACAUCCUCAAUCCAGACUCGGAGGUUGGAGGAUCACCGGCGGUCAAGCUCGCCCUAGCAGAGACUCACAUUAUCGCGGAGACGAAGAAAUACCUCGAGCAGCACAACGUUGAUCUUUCUCUGUUCUCCCAACAUCGCAUACCUCGGUCGAAAACGAUUAUCCUCGUCAAAAACAUUCCAUACGGCACCUCUUCGAGCGAGCUUCAUGAAAUGUUCAGCACUUUUGGAAGUCUGAAGCAGGUCCUGAUGCCACCAGCUGGGACCAUCGCUAUUGUGCAAUUUCCAGAUGAUGCUGGAAAGCAAGCAGGCGAUGCAUGGAGAGGUCUUGCUUAUAAGCGGCUCAAGGACUCGAUUCUCUAUCUCGAAUGGGCCCCGCAAGGACUAUUCGAUGGACCACCUCUCGAUUCGAAAAAGCCUGCCGAAGAGUCAAUUGAUCAAGAUAUUAAAGAAGACGAGGAGCUGGCUGCUCCUGGUGCGACGUUGCAUGUCGGCAACCUGUCGUUUGCGACGACAUCAACAAGGCUCGCAUCCAUCUUUCGUCAUCUCCCAUCAUUUGCGUUUGCCAAGGUGGCAACAAAGGCUGAUCCGUCCAAGCCUGGUCAGGUCCUGAGCCAGGGCUUUGGCUUUGUCGGGUUCAAGGAUGUCGAGGCGGCUCAAAAGGCGAUGAAGGGGUUCAAUAGGCAAGCGAAUGGCACAGGGAGUCUAGUACUGGAUGGCCACGUGCUCAAGAUUAGCUUUGCGGGUCGCGGUCGAGAGGAUGUCGAGCGCGACGCUGGAGGUAUACUGGGAAAGCACUCCAAGUCCAAGGGGACGAAGCUGAUUGUGAAGAAUCUGGCAUUCGAGGUAUCCAAGAAGGAACUGUGGGAGUUGUUCAGCGCACAUGGACAAGUCAAGUCUGUGCGGUUACCCAAUCGUGCCGACCGGCGGUCUCGCGGGUUUGCGUUUGUUGACUUUGCGACACGAAACGAGGCCGAAAACGCCAUGGGGCAGCUACGGCAUUCACAUCUUCUCGGACGUCAUCUGGUACUCGAGUGGGCGGAGCGUGAGCAGGAUGUGGAGGAGAUGCGGUACAAGACAAAAAUGGAGUAUGGCGACGGGGCUGGCAACAGCGGUCGUAAAGAAAAGUUGCGGCUCGGACUUGGAGGGGUCGGGAGCGACGAGGAAGAGUAG